CUGAACUCAAAUUCCUUCUCUCUCUCUCUCUCUCUCUCUCUCUCUAUCUCUUUGUGUAUCUCUCUCUCUUGCUCGCUCUCUCUGUUCUUCUUGGUAGAGAAUAUUGGAUUAUUUGAAGCUCGAUUCUGGGUCUUUGGCAUAAUCUAGUGUGUGUAUAAUCCAGGUUCUUCUUGGCGAUGAUCUAGAGUUUAUGGAGCUCGAUUUUGGUUCUUGGUGAUGUAGAACUUUGGGGCUUCUGGAGUUCGGUUUAAGUUUCCCCGGUGUGAAUUCUGAUGGUUCUUUGAAUUCGUCCCGGUGGAAAUUUUGUAUCUGGUGACUUGAAUUCUGGUACUAACAGUGUAAAAUUGGGGAAUGUGGGGUUAAUUUUGAUUCUUAAUAGUGGAAAUUGUGGGCUUAUAGUCUUCGGCUCUCAUCUUGUUCGCAGAAGGAGCUUGUGAUGUAAGUGUGUCUUCUUAUUAUCAGAGUGGUUGGGCUUCUUUUCUGUAACUUUCGUUCAUAUUUCAAGCAUUUGGUGUCUCAAUGGCAUCUCAUGGCAACUUGAACUCGGAACCGCAUAAGAGUGAGCAGAUAAUUACAGAUUUUUUCUCGAAAACUCUGCAUAUCAUACUAGAAUCCAGGGCUCUCUUUGUCUCGUCGAGGAAUUUCAGUGGUGAACAGGUGGUUUCCUCGCCCUCUUCGUCUUCUACAUUGUCGCCGAGCAUUAGGCCGCGGGACAGAUUGUUCGGUUUGGCGCUCAGAGACUGCUUCCCAGCCAUCGACAGUUUCGACGUUUGGCGCCAGAGCGGCCGAGAAUUGUUGGUCAUUGAUAUAGUCCUUGUGCAGCGGUCUGCGUGUGAUUCACCCAUGGAAAAGAAAACCCUUUCGAGGAACUCGUCUCUUAAGGGCCGCUUCUUCAAUUGUUGCAGUGCCGGCGAUGAAGACCCGUCGCUUGCCACGGAGAUGGUUGCUGAGCGGUGGGUGGUUCAGUAUGAGCCAAGGAAGGAGACCGGUAGAGAGAUGCGUCCUGGUAGGGCCAGACAUGAAGAGGGAAAGAAAGGUGGCGGUCCGAGGCUUGCCAAGGGUCGGGGACAUGUGGCUUCUCCGGAAACUCAGAACUUGUACUUACCUUCGAACGAGUCACUAUCUUCGGCAUGCAAAAAAAUGGGAAAGAGAUUGAGCAUACUGCUGCGGUCCCUGUAUCUGACGGUUAGGCUAUUACCUGCAUAUCGAAUCUUCAAAGUUCUUAAUUCAUCUAGUCGCAUCUAUCAAUUUAGUCUUCGCUAUAAGGUCUUGCCAUUUGCAGAGCCUUUCUCUCGGGAGGAGGAGGCUGAGAUGAAGCUGUUCAGUUUUGCACCCGUUGAGACUCCUUGUGGCAGACUCUGUUUGUGUCUGUGGUAUCGUCCAAGUUUGUGUGAUAUGAAGUUUGAAAAUCCAAUACCAUCAUCCCCACAAUUGAUAAUGGAUUAUGUUGGGAGCCCAAGUGCUGAUCCUUUGAAAAGGUUUGCAUCUGGAUCAUUUAAUUCAUCCGGAAAGAAAGGGACAGUUGGUCUUUCAUGUAAUUCACCUUGUUCAAAAGUUCCGUUUGCUAGAAGGCAUAGUUGGAGUAAUGACCUGAACAGAGCUGUUCCUUUGCUCUACUCGAACUCACCUCCUUCUCGUGCCAGUAAUACUUCUGCUUCACCAUCUCCAACCGACUCAGAGUCUCGUGCAUUGCCUUCUCACUCUACGGCGCAUCAAAUAUCACUUCGUAGGCAGCUGCAUCCGGAUAAUUCUCCAUCUAGAUCACCGGCUCAUCCAUUGGACAUGCCAAAAAUAACAGGCUUUGAUGAUUACUGGCCGUCUCCUUUCUCACUUUCUCCUUCACCUUCCCCCCCAAUACAUCAAUAUCUUUCAAGAAAUCUCAUCCGCUGUGAAAGUGCUCCACUCAGCAGCUCUUCAGCUAGGAUUUGCAGGGGUAUGGGAUUACCAACACCAAAUUCUCAUGAGCGAAAUUGUAACCUACCCCCAUGUCCAUCUCCCAAAAGGAUAGCAAUUGGUGGUCCAUCUCAAGGCGAGAAAAGGUCUUCUAUUAGGGCAGACGAAUUGCAAGCAUUAGAGGUUCAUUCUACUUCACCCGCCCUCCCCACCUACUGCAGUCCGAAGCCUUUGUUGUAUGGGAAGGAAGACUUUGGAGGCUUAUAUGGAGCACGGGUGUCAGGUAGUAGUUCUCCCCGUGUUUCAGUGUCAAGGAGCUCCAGCAGACUGUCCUUCCAAGAAGAAUCUGACUGCGAAUCUAAUUGUCCUUUUGCUAUAGAUGAUGAGUUGGCAUAUCCAUCCAAUAGGAAUGAGUCUUUUGACAGGAAAGCAGAUAUUAAUGAAACUUCUAAAGGUGGACAAAUAUUACCAGUCAGAAAGUCUAAAUGUGCUGCUAUAGGUGAACUUGUUGAGAUGUUGCAGAAUGCAGCCCCACUGAGACAGGAGGGAAUUUGUUCAUCCCAGCAAGCUCAAGCCUCAAACUCACAAAUUUUGGACACAAAAUCAAAUCACACAGAAAAUUCUGAAACUGGACAAGCUACCUGUACAAGUGGUGGCUCGCAUUUAGGAGUCAGAUCUUCGGUAUUUCUUUCAAGGACCAAGGCUGAUGCCAUGGAAGAACUGAAGAGCUACAGUAAAAUGAAAGACUUGUUGCUACAGCAAAGUGGACCUUGAGUGGUCAGAUGCUAAAUUUGAUUCCAGUGAGAUGUUUCAUUUGUGUAUAUAAUAUGUAUAGUUCUUCAUGAAUUUGGUGUUUCAGUUUGGUCCUAUUAUUUUAAUAUGCUGCCAUGGUAUGUUGGUUGAGGUACUAGGUACCUUUUGAGAUCCUCAAAAUUAUACGAGAUGGUAUACCAUGGUUUCAUAUUCUUAGAUCCAGAAUAGCUGGUUAAGCUUUAUUCUUCUUUAUGUAUAUAUAAUUGAACCUUUUUAUUUUGGUUUCAAAAGAUGUAGAUAAUGCAAGUCUGUCUAUCUUGAGUACUUCAUACAUGUUGGUAUAUAUGCAGGUCAUGAUGCUGACUUUGCUGGUCUAAAUGUGUUUUCGAAGUUUAGUGUAAAUAUUUUUGUCUCCGCUGAAAGCAGAACAAAGGGAUCCUCUUGAUUGUAAAUAAUACUGAUAUAUGUAGAGUUGAAUUUCUUAUAUUA